UCCUGGAACCGGAAAUAAACACAGCUGGCUGUAGGCUACACUAAAUUAACAUAAAAAUAUGAAAUAUCGUGCUACUUUUUAUUACCUUUAGAUCGCAAUACCAGUAUAUCUCUGCCCGAGACUAGCAAAUUAAAUUAAUGACUGACUAUAGCUAAAUUAUUAGAAGUUUGUGGACACAACCUCCAGCCUGAAGUUUUGAUGUUUAAGAAAGUUGAUGAUUCGAUCAGGAUGCAUCAGGAGGAUGAAGAUUACACCAAUCCGCCAGAGGAGUUUAUAGGACUGUCUGAUUUCACGAGCUGCGGCAGCGACCAGCUGAGUUUCAGAGCUGGAGACAGGUUACUGGUCCACACCAAGACAUCAGCUGACUGGUGGUGGGCGGAGUUAGGAGGCCUCUGUGGCUACGUUCCAUCUAGUUACCUGAAACAAGAUGUGGAGGACAGUUACCUAAAACAAGGUGUGGAGGAGGACACCUCAGAGGAAACCUCAGAGGACCCCUGGCAGGAUGAAGAGUACUUUGGCAGCUAUGGAACACUGAGGCUUCAACUGGAGAUGCUGAGUGACCGAGCGAGGACGGAGACGUACCGCCAGGUGAUUCUGACCAACAGCGCCCCCCUAAGGGGCAAGGUGGUUAUGGACCUGGGCUGUGGCACCGGAGUCAUCAGCCUCUUCUGUGCCCGCCUGGCCCAGCCCAAAGCUGUUUAUGCAGUGGAGGCCAGCUCCAUAGCAGAACACACUGAGACCCUGGUGAGGCAGAACGGCUGUGAGGAGGUUGUGACAGUCUUCCAGGGUCGGGCUGAGGAGCUGGAGCUACCAGGCACAGUAGACAUCCUGAUCUCAGAGUGGAUGGGCAACUGUCUGCUGUUUGAGUUCAUGAUAGAGUCAGUGUUGCAGGCGCGGGACCGCUGGCUGAGAGACGGGGGGAUGAUGUGGCCCUCUGGGGCCUCUCUCUGCCUGGUCCCCUGUCAGGCCCUGGACUACUACACAGAGAGGAUGGGCUUCUGGGAGCAGCCCUACGGACUGGACUUCACUGCCCUCCAAUCCCUGGCCCAGUCAGAGUUCUUCUCCAGGCCCAGGUUCAGCCACCUCCUCCAGCCUGAAGACUGCCUGGCUACCCCCUGUGAUGUCAUCACUCUGGACAUGCUCACGCUGCAUGUUACAGAUCUAGAGAAGCUGAGGGGCCAGUUUACCUUCAUCGUGGAAAAGGCUGGGACGUUCCACGGGUUCACUUCCUGGUUCAAAGUUCAGUUCCAGAGCCUGGAGAGAGACAAAACCACAUUGGAGUUAGACACUGGGCCCUACUCUGAGCCAACCCACUGGAAGCAGACUCUGUUCAUGCUGGAUGGGCCGAUCUCGCUGCUCGGUGGAGAGACGGUGUCUGGAAUCAUCCUUCUACACCGGAACCCCGUCUGGAGACGUCACAUGACUGUUACCAUCCAAUGGAGAAUCAGCAGCACAGAGGAAACAGGAAACUGCAUGGCAAGUAUCCUCUAUCUUUUACGGGUGAAUCGUAAUUCCCACUUACCUCAAAUGUUCACUUAUACCCAUUUCAGACAGAAGAUGUGGUAUGUUACCUGUAAAGAAUGACCCCCUUUCAAACAGCCCCUUAUUUACCACUUAUUUGCAGGUUUACCCCUUUUAUACAUAUUAGUGAGUAACUGGAAAAUUGGGUGGAGUGGGGGGUGUUGUUAAACCAUGGGGCCUGUUUGUUUACCUCAACUUUUUCACUUAGUUUCCCAUUGACAGUAAUGCAUGACUAAGUGAAAAUUCAACUUACAGUACCAGUCAAAAGUUUGGACACAUCUACUCAUUCACAGGGUUUUUUUCUUUAUUUUUUACUAUUUUCUAAAAAACAAAUGAUAGUCCCACUAAUCCCACAGAUGAGAUGGCGUUUUGCUGUGGUAGCCAUGCGGGUUAAGUGUGCCUUGAAUUCUAAAUAAAACCCUGAUAGUGUCACCCCGACACCAUCACACCACCUCCUCCAUGCUUCACAGUGGGAACCACACAUGCGGAGGUCAUCCGUUCAUCAUCCGUUCCGUCCACUCUGCGUCUCAAAGACAGUGUGGUUGGAACCAAAAAUAUCAAAUGUAGACUCAUCAGAUUUCCACCAGUCUAAUGUCCAUUGCUCGUGUUUCUUGGCCCAAGCAAGUCUCUUCUUAUUAUUGGUGUCCUUUAGUAGUGGUUU